UUCCGGUCUUUCCGGUCCUCUCGUCAACAUGGCGCCGAUCCAACAGAAGAAGAAAGCUGCUGCCGCGGGGAGGAAGGGCCGCCGGGGGGCGCUGUGGAGCUUCACCGUGGACCUGAGCCACCCGGUGGAGGACGGCAUCCUCGACUCCUCCAGCUUCGAAGCCUUCCUCAAGGAGAGGAUCAAGGUCAACGGCAAGACGGGGAACCUGGGGGGCGCCGUGCAGGUGGGCCGGCUCAAGAACCGGGUCAACGUCACGUCCGAGAAGCAGUUCUCCAAAAGGUACCUGAAGUACCUGACCAAGAAGUACCUGAAGAAGCACAGCCUGCGGGACUGGCUGCGGGUCGUGGCGUCGGACCGCCAGACGUACGAACUGCGCUACUUCCAGAUCAGCCAGGACGACGGCGAGUCGGAGGCCGAGGACUGAGUGUGUGUGUGUGUGUGUGUGUGUGUGUGUGUGUGUGUGAGAACGGGGAAUAAAAGGAGAACCACA